AUGGCUUCGAGUGUAUCAACUUACGCUCUACCCGAGUCCCACAAACAGUUGAUGGAAAAAUCUUUACUAGAAUCGGAUCCAGAGGUGGCAGAGCUUAUGAGAUUGGAGAUAAAACGUCAACGCGAAUCUAUUAUACUUAUUGCUUCAGAAAAUGUCACUUCUCGCGCUGUUUUCGAUGCCUUGGGCUCACCAAUGUCCAACAAAUAUUCCGAAGGUUAUCCAGGUGCUAGAUAUUAUGGCGGAAACGAGCAUAUAGAUUCAAUCGAAUUGAUGUGCCAAUCCCGUGCGCUGACAGCCUUCAGCCUUAAUCCGGAGGAAUGGGGUGUCAACGUUCAGUGCUUGAGCGGCUCACCCGCUAAUCUACAAGUCUACCAAGCUGUAAUGCGACCACAUGAAAGAUUAAUGGGACUUGACUUACCUCACGGAGGUCACUUGAGCCAUGGCUAUCAGACUGCAACAAGAAAAAUAUCAGCUGUAUCCACUUACUUUGAGACCCUACCUUAUCAAGUCAAUCCCGAAACUGGAAUAAUUGACUACGAUAGACUUGAAGAAAACGCCAAACUAUACCGCCCAAAAGUUUUGGUUGCCGGUACCUCCGCGUACUGUCGGCUAAUAGACUACGCUCGUAUGCGGAAAAUAGCUGAUGCUGUCGGUGCAUAUCUUCUCGUAGAUAUGGCUCACAUCUCUGGACUGAUUUCUGCUGGAGCAAUACCCAGCCCAUUUGAUCACGCUCACAUUGUAACUACUACAACCCAUAAGUCCCUUCGCGGUCCACGCGGGGCUAUGAUAUUUUUCCGCAAAGGAGUCCGAAGCGUGGACGCAAAAACUGGCAAGGUAACCAUGUACGAUUUAGAAGGCCCUAUCAAUUUCUCCGUUUUCCCUGGUCAUCAAGGUGGACCUCACAAUCACACAAUUACUGCACUUGCAGUAGCCUUAAAGCAAGCUAAAACACCUGAGUUCAUAGCUUAUCAAGAGCAAGUCGUCAAGAAUGCUAAAGCAACUGAAAUUGAGCUCAAGCGGUUGGGCUACAAGCUUGUUGCCGAUGGAACAGAUUCUCACAUGGUCUUGGUUGACCUCCGACCUCAGCAGCUUGAUGGAGCACGUAUCGAGGCUAUGCUGGAACAGAUUAACAUUGCAUGUAAUAAGAAUGCGAUACCAGGAGACAAAUCAGCACUAACUCCUUAUGGAAUCAGAAUCGGGACCCCUGCGAUGACAUCUCGGGGAUUUGGUACAGAGGAUUUCCAAAAAGUUGUAGGCUACAUUGAUCAAUGCAUUAAGUUGUGUAAAGAGGUUCAGAAUUCUCUACCAAAGAAAGAUAAUAAGCUCAAGGACUUCAAGGCCCGGGUCGCUAGCGGUGAAAUAGAAAAGAUUAAUGAAUUGAAAAGUAGCAUUGCAUCUUGGGUGAGAGAUUUUCCUCUGCCUGUUGAGGGCUGGAGAGCAGAACUGUAA